CGACAGCUUUCCCAGCUCUGCCAGGUUCAGGUCCAAACUGACCACCUUUGUCAUUCUUCCUCUUUGCACCUUACCUACAAAUACGAAGACCAUCGCAAUCGGAAGCUUUUCUCUCUCUCUUAUAACACCAACACUCUACGACUAAACAACUCUCUCUCUUGAGCUUCUCAAUCUUCACCUAUUUCACUUUUUGUUUACCCCUCGUCACCGCCGUCACAAUGACGCUCUACUAUACUCUUGUCUUCAUGCUUCUCGUCUUCGAGAUGGCGCUUUUCAUGCUCCUGAUCGUCCCCAUGCCCUUCAACGUGAAGCGCAAGAUCUUCACCUUCAUCUCCGAGAGCCCUGUUGUCGCGAAGAUUCAAUACUGGAUGAAGAUUACCUUUGUCUUUAUCCUAAUUCUCUUUGUUGACAGCGUCAAUCGUGUCUACCGCGUCCAGCUCGAGCUCGCCGCCGCCUCCGAACAGUCCAAGCAGGGAGGAGCUGCCGCCGUUAUGGGCCACGAACGCCUCGAAGUCCAAGCCCGCAAGUUCUACUCCCAGCGCAACAUGUACCUUUGCGGUUUCACCCUCUUCCUUUCGCUCAUCCUUAACCGCACCUACGUUAUGAUCCUCGAGGUGAUGCGUCUGGAGGACAAGGUCCGCGCUUACGAGGGUACUAAGAGCGAUACCAAGGAGGCUGAGAAGCUUGCCGUUGCCGGUAAGCCCGGUGAGCUUGCCCGUCUCCGAAAGGAGCUCGAGCAGAAGGACCAGGACCUCAAGACCUUGAAGAAGCAGAGCGAGCAGCUCCACAAGAGCUACGAUGAGCUUAGCGACAAGUACGCUGCUACCCAACAAACCGGCGAGUCCAGAAAGGGUAUCUAAGGAGUGUAUGUUAUACAUUGCUCCACAAAAGGACACCCGCCCACCCAAGGAUAUCGACACCUGAUCUAUUGUUGACCUGUCUGGGCGAAAGAAAAGAGACUGGGUCUGCGCCUGUCAGGGCAUAUACAAACAGCAACAGACCUGGGCCAGAUGAAGUGGAAGAUGUAAAAUAGCGUUAUAACGGUUACUGGGUUAAGCACCGGCGCAGAGUUGGCGAUCGGACGUGGACAGGACGAUCGACUAUUUGAGAUUGUAUUAGGAAUUUCUCCAUGUAUAGAAUCGUGACGUUGGAUGAUAGGCGCCU